AUGCAUGCACAAGCUGCAAGGAUUAGGACCCUGGAAGAUGAAAGCCAGAGGCAGCAGCAGUGGACACGAUUGCAAAAUGUGGAGAUAACGGGAAUUCCAGAAAGUAAAGCGGAAGACACGGUGCAAGUCAUGCUGAAACUAUCACAGUAUGUUGGCGCUCCUAUCCAGCAAUCUGAAAUAGAGUUCGCACAUCGGGUUCAACCGAGACGAGCCGUAAGUGCGGCUUACGCACGCCCCAUUAUCGUCCGCCUAAGACAACGCCGUACAAAGGAUAGAAUUAUAGCAGCGUGUCGCAAGCAUCGUACUCUCAAUGCAAAGGACUUGGGAAUGGAUAAUGAAACUACAAGAAUUUUUGUAAGCGAGCACCUCACUAAAGAGAAUAAAAUCCUUUUGAAUUUAUGCAAAAAAAAAAGGCUAAAGAGG